UAAUCUGAUUUGUCACAAUAGGGAUGCGAUAAUAGGCCCUGAAGGAUGGCAUCUCGAAAAUUCCUUGGAGUAGUCCUCCUCUGUGCGUUCCUCGUAGCGUGUGUUAAGGCUGAUGCUGAAGCCGAUGCUUGGGCUGAAGCCGGUCCCGACCCCGCUUCUUGCUGUUCUAGACCAACAACAUUCAUAAAAGGUAGAGCUGGUCCUCAAGGUAUCCAAGGUCCCAUGGGUCCAAAUGGCCCCGCUGGACCACCUGGUGCCGUUGGUGAAAAUGGACAACCUGGACCCCCUGGCCCAAAAGGAGAAGCCGGCAACCCUGGUAUCGUUGGAGUGAAAGGUUUCCGUGGUGAACCCGGAGCUCAAGGACCCCCAGGACCUCCUGGACAGGACGGUGCUGACGGUGUUGAUGGUGCUGACGGAACUCCUGGUGUGGACGGUUGCAAUGGUACUGAUGGAGAAAAAGGAGAAGCUGGCCCCAUCGGACCAACUGGUGAACCUGGUGAACCCGGAGAGGACGGAAACCCUGGAGAACAAGGACUCAAAGGAGAUACUGGACCUGCUGGUGAGGUACAAGAAGGUGACCAAGGAGAACCUGGAGCACCUGGACUUGACGGAAACCCUGGAACCACUGGUGAUAAGGGAGAAACUGGAGAACCUGGAGAACCUGGACUUAACGGAGAACCCGGUCAAGUAGGCGUCCCCGGUACCAAGGGAGCAGAGGGAGAUCAAGGACCCCAGGGUGAGGAUGGAGAACAAGGAGUUGUAGGUGAAUCUGGUAUCCCAGGCGCUCCUGGAGCUGAUGGUGAUAAUGGAGAUGAUGGAGCUGCAGGACAGAAGGGAGACGCUGGACCUCAAGGAAUUUCUGGCGAAAGUUUCCCCGGAGACGAUGGUGCCAAAGGAGAAACUGGACCCCAAGGUGAAACAGGCGCUGUUGGUGAUCCAGGAGUAGCUGGUCCAGACGGUGCCGAGGGAGAGCCAGGACCAGACGGUGAACAAGGAGCUGUUGGUGACGAAGGCGAUCAAGGAGUGCAAGGUCCUUCAGGGAUUGGUGGCGACCGUGGUCCACAAGGAGAAAAGGGACCAGUUGGUGAACCCGGAGAUCAAGGUGCUAUUGGAGAGCCCGGUCUGAUUGGCGAAGGGGGAGAUGAUGGUGCCGCUGGUAAAGAUGGUAAAGAUGGUGAGUCUGGAACUGACGGAAAAAAGGGUAGUGCCGGAGAAAACCGAGUCAUCGACGUAAAAGGAAUUCAGGGAGACCAAGGAGACCAAGGAGCUCAAGGAGAAACUGGUGAUGCCGGUGCUAAGGGAGCGCAAGGAGAACAGGGAGCUCAAGGUGAGGCUGGAGAAGAUGGAGCCGAUGGAGACGACGGAGAGGAGGGUCCUCAGGGAGAAUCCGGAGACAAAGGACCAGAUGGUCCAUCCGGAAUCAAUGGUAUCAAGGGAGCCCAAGGUGACGUCGGUCCUCAAGGAGCGGUCGGAGAUUCAGGUCCCCGAGGAGAAAACGGAGACAAUGGUGCUGAUGGUGCCGUUGGAGAACCAGGUCCCGCUGGCGAUUCCGUCCAGGGAGCAAAGGGGGAUAUUGGGGAACAGGGAGAAGUUGGCGAUCAAGGCAUUCCAGGAGAGUCUGGAGCUGAUGGUGUAGCCAUAAAGGGAGAGCCUGGAGCUGAUGGUAUGACCGGAAUAAAUGGACAGCCCGGCAUCAAGGGCGAGGAUGGUGAAGCAGGACCUCAAGGACAACCAGGUGAAGAUGGUGCUGUUGGAGCCACUGGUGCGCCAGGUACCCCCGGAAUUAAUGGUAACGACGGUGCAAACGGAGACCCAGGUGCUGCUGGAGAACCUGGCGAAAUUGGAGCCACUGGUGAAGCUGGGCAAAAUGGAGUACCCGGAAACGAUGGUGCCAAUGGUGAAGAUGGGGUACAAGGUGAUCAAGGAGAGCCUGGUGAAGAUGGAGUUGUUGGAGAAGUUGGUGUUCAAGGACCCGAAGGAAUCACUGGACAAAAGGGUGAUGAUGGAGUGAGAGGUGAAAAAGGAGAUGCUGGUAACCCUGGAGAUAACGGUAAUGAUGGUACCCCUGGUAACCCCGGAGAUAACGGUGACAAUGGAAAUGCUGGAGCGAAGGGAGAACCAGGUCAAGAAGGUGCCGUUGGACCAGAUGGAGACAAGGGUGUUGAAGGAAAUGCUGGACCUCCCGGAAUUACUGGAGCAAAGGGAGCUCAGGGAGAUACUGGUAUUGAUGGACCCGUAGGAGCAGCAGGUGUCCCUGGUGUUGAUGGAGACAAGGGAGUCCAAGGACCUGAGGGUGAUGCUGGAGAAAAGGGUGAUCAAGGAGCAACUGGACCCAAGGGUGACGCAGGAUCUGACGGUAAUAACGGUGUAGAUGGUAACCCUGGUGCAGAUGGUGCUGUUGGUGAACAAGGGGCACAAGGUGACAAAGGACCAGAUGGACCAGACGGUGAGGUUGGAGAACAAGGUGAGAAUGGUGGCGAUGGAUUACCAGGAGGAAACGGAAUGAAGGGAGAUAAGGGAGAAAUUGGUGCCGUAGGAGAAAAGGGAGCUGCGGGAGAUGAAGGUGACCAGGGCGAAACUGGAGAAAAAGGUGCAUCAGGGCUUGAUGGUGAUAAUGGCGUUGAUGGUGAUGCUGGUUCAGACGGUGAUAAUGGUGCUGAUGGCCCUCAAGGACCAAAAGGAGCCCAAGGUGACCAAGGAGCAGUAGGAGAUGUAGGAGAUCAGGGAGCCACCGGAGAAGCCGGAGAACCUGGUGCUUCUGGACAAGAUGGAACACCUGGCCAAGCUGGACCCCCCGGACUUAAAGGUGUCAGAGGAGAGCCUGGUGAGCCUGGUGUAGAUGGUCUAGAAGGAAACCCUGGUGAGCAAGGUAUCACUGGUGAGGUAGGACCUUCAGGGCCUCAGGGACCACAGGGUCUUACUGGAGAUCAAGGAGACCAGGGUGAAUCAGGAGAAAGCAUUCCCGGAGAAAAGGGAGCAACCGGCGAGGCAGGAGAACCUGGUGUGCCUGGCGAACCUGGUCAAAAUGGACCUGAUGGAGAUCAAGGUGAUCAAGGACCUGAUGGAGAUGUUGGCGAUCAGGGACCUAAGGGCGAACAAGGUGAUCAGGGUGAUAGUGGUGUCCCCGGAGAAAAUGGAGAAGAUGGUGAUGUGGGAGAUCAAGGUAUUCAGGGUGACCAAGGUGCACCUGGACAGGAUGGUGACCAAGGAGAUGUUGGAAACCAAGGCGAACCAGGUAAGGAUGGAGCCGAUGGAGCCGAUGGAGACCAAGGACCUCAAGGAGAACAAGGACCUCAAGGACCUCAAGGAGAAGCUGGAGCACAGGGACCACUUGGACCAGAUGGUAAUGCUGGCGCCAAGGGAGUGCAAGGACCAGUUGGAGAUAAUGGAGAAAAAGGAGACAAAGGUAGUCAAGGACCAAGAGGUUUAGAUGGAGUCAAAGGAGGAGAAGGUCCAUCUGGAAUCACCGGUAUUCAGGGAGACCAGGGAGUACCAGGAGAAGAUGGUGCUAAGGGUCUUGAAGGUGUGGCCGGAGCUGAGGGACUUUCAGUCAAGGGAGACCAAGGAGAAGCUGGCCCAAAUGGACCCAAGGGUGAAACUGGAGCUGCCGGAGAAAAUGGUGUCGACGGUGCUGAUGGUGCCCAAGGAGAGGUAGGAGAGCCAGGAGAUGCUGGUCUAAUCGGAGAAAGUGGAAACAAUGGACUAAAGGGUGAACAGGGUGACCAGGGCGAUGUAGGUGUACAAGGUGAUCAAGGUCCAAUCGGAGAAAGCGGAAACGAUGGACAAGUGGGACCAGCAGGAGAUCAAGGAUCUCAAGGAGACACUGGCGAGCAAGGAGACAAAGGGGACGAGGGUGAUGAGGGACCCGACGGACCACAGGGACCAAAAGGAGUUCUAGGAGAGAAAGGUUUCACUGGAGUUAGUGGACAGGAUGGACGGAAGGGAGCCCCUGGUGUUGAUGCCAAUCAAGAAGCUUGUAGUGGUGAUAAGGGUGCACCUGGAGAUCUUGGAGACGUUGGAGUUGAUGGAGACUCAGGUGCAAAAGGUGCCCGUGGAGAACAGGGAGACAAGGGUCCAGUAGGAGAUCAAGGAGAGACUGGCCAGCCUGGUGAACAGGGUGAUGCUGGUGCUAAAGGUCUUCCAGGCCCAGAUGGAGCAACUGGCCCAGAAGGAGAACAAGGACCAAAUGGAUCAGAUGGUGCACAGGGUCAAAAGGGAGAGGCUGGAGUUGGUGAACCAGGUGAGAAUGGAUCCCCCGGUAGUGAUGGAGGUGUCGGUGAUGUUGGUGAACAAGGAUCUGUAGGAGAGGAUGGAGAUCAAGGAGCACAAGGUGAAACUGGAUCGAAGGGUGAAAAGGGAGACCAAGGUGCUAAGGGUGAUGAUGGACCAGAAGGACCAGAAGGAAACAAAGGAGAUAAGGGUGAUUCUGGCGCCGUAGGAGAAAAGGGUGAUUCUGGGAUCGAUGGAACUAAAGGAGAACCCGGUGUGGACGGAGACAAAGGAGACCAGGGAGACAAAGGAGGUCCAGGUAUUGAUGGCAACCUCUUCGUCAUCAAAGCCGAGAGUGGAGCACCCAUUCCACCUGAGUACUACAUCUGGAUUGAGAUCAUCAACACUGUUCUCGAAAACAGUGAAUUUGGUGAUAAGGGAGAUUCAGGCCCACAGGGACCUGAAGGAGCUAAGGGUGGCAAGGGAGAACCAGGAGCUAACGGAAGCCCUGGUACCCCAGGAGAGGACGGUAACCCAGGAGCAGAUGGUACCCCCGGUAGUCAAGGUCCUCCCGGAGAAGAUGGAGCACAGGGAGCACAGGGAGCUAAGGGUGAUACUGGUGCACCAGGAGAGGAUGGAGACAAGGGAGACAAAGGUGUCAAGGGAGAAACUGGACUUAAAGGACUCGCUGGAAUCCAAGGAGAAAAGGGAGAGCCAGGUAUUGAUGGUGACAAGGGAGACAAAGGACCAGAUGGAGAUUGCCAGCCUGACGACUACACCCCUUGUAACUGCGACACUCACGUCCUCGUUAAGCACUCUCAGACCACUGAGCAACCAGAAUGCCCAACUGACUUCGAACCUCUAUGGUCCGGAUUCUCUCUUGUAUUCUUCGAAGGCAAUGGCUACGGACUUUCCCAAGAUCUAGGAAGUGCUGGGUCUUGCUUGGAGGAGUUCCAGCUUGUGCCUUUCAUGCAGUGCUCAAGCUCUGAUGUGUGCAGACACGGUGUCCGAACUGACAAAUCUUUCUGGCUGGCAGUCGACGCCGAGGCUGACUAUACUAUCAAGCCCAUGACCAGCAUUGACGAGAUCGUGCCACACAUUUCAAGGUGUACUGUCUGCCUCGGUACUCAGUAUAUCCUCGCCAGACAUUCUUUCACCGACGUCGCUCCUGAGUGUCCUGAAGAUUUCAGCCCACUGUGGGAAGGGUAUUCUUAUGUCAUGGUUACCUCAUCCGGUGUAUCCGGUGGAGGCCAAGACCUCGCCUCAUCUGGUUCCUGUCUGGAGAACUUCUACCUGCCAACCUUCAUUGAGUGUCUCGGACGAGGUACUUGCGCUUAUUAUAUUAACAACUUGGACUACUGGCUGGCCCAGAACCCCGACACUAGCCAACCCGGUAUGUGGGGUAUGGGUAACGUGUACAGCGGUCUUGACGACAUCCUUGACCAAGGAGUUGCUAAGUGCACCGUUUGUGCCAGGAACACCCUUGCUCUAGGCUGGCCGACUGAAAGCACCAUGGCAAGCCUAACGAGGCUUAGUAUUCUGUUCACAUUAGUGCUGUGUCUUGCGUGGGCGAAACCUGAAGCUAAACCUGACGCAGCUGCCGACCCUGCUGCAGAUCCGGAUGCGUUCGCUGAUGCUGAAGCAGACCCAGCCGCUUGCUGUCGUAGGAGAGCUAGAUUCUUGAAAGGAAUGAGGGGAGACAGGGGUCUCCUAGGACCUGCAGGUGCAGCCGGCCAUGAAGGCAAAAUGGGACCCGUUGGUGAGCAAGGACCAGCUGGAUUGGCAGGACCUAAAGGUGCUGGUGGUCCGUACGGAACUAGUGGUGCUAAGGGAGAACAGGGAGAACCUGGAAAUCUGGGAGCAGUAGGUCCUUCUGGGUUACCCGGUAUCGAAGGAGAGGAUGGUGAAGAUGGUGUAACUGGUGUUGAUGGUUGCAACGGAACCAAUGCUGAAGAUGGUGCUAAGGGAGAUAUGGGUCCCAUCGGUCUUCAGGGAGAAGAUGGUCCAGCUGGAUCUGAUGGACCUGAAGGAUCAGAGGGUGGACCUGGAGACCAGGGUGCAGAUACCCAGGAACCCCAGGGAGAGAAAGGACCAGACGGUUUAGAUGGAGCCAACGGAGAAAGCGGAGAAGCAGGUGCGCCCGGCAGUGACGGAUCUGACGGAUCUGAUGGAGCAAAGGGUGCCCAAGGAGAAGCAGGAGCUGAGGGCGAAAAGGGACCCAAUGGCGACUCAGGAAUCCAAGGAGGACCAGGAGAACAAGGACCCCAAGGAGACAACGGCCCUGAUGGAUCCGACGGAAGUCAUGGUGCUGAUGGAGUAGCAGGUGCUGAUGGUGAUAAAGGACCCCAAGGUUCGCCUGGUGAGGUUAUCAACGGAAGUGAUGGAGCUGUUGGAGAUCAAGGCCCAGAUGGAGAACAGGGAGCUCCCGGUGAACAAGGCUCAGCUGGAAACGAUGGACCUCAAGGAGAACAGGGUAACGCUGGUCCACAGGGUGAUAAGGGACCUGCAGGACCUCAGGGCGAAGAGGGAGAUCAGGGACAAAAGGGUGAUGUUGGCGAGCCAGGAGAGGUCGGAGAUCAAGGACCUAAUGGUGAAAAAGGUCUUGUUGGAGUCCAAGGAAUGCCAGGACCAGAUGGUGCCAAAGGAGCUUCUGGUAACGACGGUGCAAAUGGAGACAACGGAGAAGACGGUGAACAGGGAGAAAAGGGAUACCUCAUCGGCAAUCCAGUAAACGGAGACGAAGGAAUAGUCGGUUCUAAAGGUGAACCUGGUGAUGCUGGUGCUAAAGGUGCACCCGGUGACCAAGGAGCUCAAGGUGAUGUUGGUCCAGACGGUGAGGACGGUAUCGAUGGAUUCCCCGGACAACUUGGCGCACAGGGAGAACCCGGUAUGAAGGGAGCCCCAGGACUUGAUGGCAAUGCCGGAGGCGAAGGUGCACCAGGACCAGCCGGAAUCCCUGGAGAACAGGGACCUGAUGGCGAAGAUGCUGAUAACGGAAUUGAUGGAGUUAAGGGUGCUCAGGGCCCACAGGGUGAACACACCACUGGUGCACAGGGAGAACCUGGCGACAAGGGACCUUCUGGGGAUCCUGGAGCAGUUGGAGAUCCUGGUGAUAAUGGUGCUGAUGUGACUGGCGAUCCAGGAGAGCAAGGAGCACAAGGAGUAGGAGGAGAGGACGGAGCCCAAGGAGAAUCUGGCGAAAAGGGAGUUGUUGGAAUCCAAGGAGAUGUUGGUGAGACCGGUGCUCAAGGAGAACAAGGACCUGCUGGUGAUGAUGCAGCUGAUGGAGCUGAUGGAGCUGAUGGAGCAGUAGGAGCACAAGGUCCCACUGGCGAGCAAGGAGCUAAGGGUGAGUCUGGAGUUGACGGCGAAAACGGAUCUGAUGGACUCGACGGCAGCGAUGGAGUAGUCGGAGAACCAGGAGAUGUAGGAGAGAAAGGAGACCAAGGAGAAGAAGGACCACAAGGUGAGGAGGGUGAUCAGGGAAUAGAGGGCGAGAAAGGUGAUCAAGGAGAAGAGGGCGACAGCGCACUGCCAGGAUUCGAUGGAGAAAAAGGAAAUGCUGGUAUCCCAGGAGUUAACGGAGAACCUGGUGCUGUCGGGGCUGAAGGAGAAGCAGGAGCAAAUGGACAGCCAGGAGCACAAGGAGCUAAGGGUGAUAUCGGUGCACCAGGAGAUGAUGCAGAUGAUGGAGCCGUUGGAGAGCCUGGUGCUCAGGGUGAUAAGGGUGCAGCAGGAGCUAACGCUCCUAGUGGAGAUGAUGGUGAACUUGGUGAUCAGGGUGACCAAGGACCGUCUGGCGAAACUGGUGAUGUUGGAGAGCAAGGUCCUGUAGGUGAAGAUGGCUUAAAUGGAUUGGAUGGAGCCGAUGGCUCACCUGGUGAAAAAGGAGGAGCCGGAGCUAAAGGUGCCUCAGGCGUUCGUGGAGGUGAGGGCAUCGAGGGACCAAAAGGUCUUGUUGGUAUACCAGGAAUCAAUGCCCUUGCAGGACUUGAUGGUGCCAACGGAGAUCCGGGUGACCAAGGAGCUCAAGGCGAAACAGGUGAUAGUGGUCUAAUUGGACAAAAAGGUAACCAAGGAGGAGUUGGAGACAGUGGUUCUGAUGGACUCGAUGGAGCUGAUGGGGCAAACGGUGCACCCGGCAGUAAUGGCGAACAAGGAGAAAUCGGAGCAGAGGGGGAACCCGGAGCUCAAGGUGCAAAAGGAGCCACAGGUGAGGCUGGCGAACAGGGUGAAAAAGGACCAGACGGACCCGAGGGAAAUAACGGUGCUGAAGGUGGUCCAGGAGCAGACGGUGCUAAAGGAGAGCCUGGGGAGGAUGCUCCCGAUGGUUCCAAAGGAGAUCAAGGACCAGCUGGGGAUGAAGGAGAACAAGGUGAACUAGGUCCCGUUGGUCCCAUUGGUGACCAAGGAGAUGAGGGUGUCGCCGGAGAGAAAGGAGACACAACUGUAGGAGAAACAGGAGAGUCUGGCGACAAAGGUGCUUCUGGUGAACAAGGCCCUAAUGGAGCUGCUGGAGAGAAAGGAGCUGCUGGAGCCGAGGGUGCAGUAGGAGAUGCUGGAGAAGUCGGAGCUGAUGGAUUAAGUGGAGAUAAGGGAGUUAUCGGUAGUGUAGGUCUCGCUGGUUUGGAUGGUUCUGAUGGAGCAGUUGGCCCCAAAGGUGUUUUCGGACAGAAAGGUGACACUGGAGUUCCCGGAGUAGAAGGACCACAAGGAGAACCCGGUGAUGCUGGUCUUAAUGGUCUUGAUGGAGCUGAAGGUGAAAAAGGUGUUGAAGGUCCCACUGGUGCAGUAGGAGAAAAAGGCGAAGAGGGAGCUCAAGGUGAAAUUGGUAACCAGGGAGAAGAAGGAGCCGAGGGAGAUCAAGGAGAAACAGGAGCACAGGGUGAACCUGGUGAUGUAGGUGAUGCUGGUGAAUGGGGUGACAAUGGUGAUGAAGGUGACCAAGGGGUUGACGGAGACGACGGUGCUAAAGGAGAAAAGGGACCAGAUGGAGAGCUAGGAGCCAAGGGUAACCAAGGACCAGCUGGUGCAGAUGGUGAUGGACCAGCAGGAAUGCAGGGAGCUGAUGGAGCCCCCGGAGAAGUUGGUGAUGCCGGAGCUCCAGGAAUGAACGGUGCAGAUGGUUCCGAUGGUGCCAUUGGUAAUCCUGGAGAGAAUGGUGCCAAGGGCCUUCCUGGUAUUCCCGGGGCCGUUGGUGACAAGGGAGACCAAGGUGACCAAGGAGAUGAAGGUGUUGUAGGCGAAAAAGGUGAUGUAGGCGCUGAUGGAGAAAAAGGAGCCCAAGGACCAAAAGGACCCGAUGGAGAUCAAGGAGACGAGGGAGCUCAAGGAGACGAGGGAGAUCAAGGAAACGAGGGAGAACAAGGACCUAAGGGAGAAAUAGGAGACCAAGGACCAGAUGGAGAACCAGGACUUAAUGGAAGUAAUGGCCUCCCUGGUGAAGAUGGAGUACUUCAUAUUGCUAAAGGUGCCCAUCAGCAGGGAGAACCAGGAGUGCCAGGAGAACAAGGACCCAAAGGAGAUCAGGGACCUGUAGGAGGCAAAGGAGAAGUUGGAGAAGAUGGACCUGAGGGUGACAAAGGACCUGAUGGACCUAAGGGAGCUCAAGGUGCAGAUGGAGUUGAUGGUGAUGUGGGAGAAGACGGUGUUGCAGGUCCAGAGGGCAGCCAGGGAAACCAAGGCGAGCCCGGGCAAAACGGUGAACAAGGUGCACCUGGAGAGGACCAUACUGGCCCUGACGGUGAGGAUGGUGCAAAUGCAGUUGACGGAGCCAAGGGAGAGGAUGGACCGGUUGGAGAAACUGGCGCCAAGGGAGUCCAGGGUGUAAAUGGUGAUGAAGGUGAAAAGGGUGAUGAAGGAGACCAGGGUGAUGAAGGAGAAGAGGGUGUUUCUGGCCCACAGGGAGAAGAUGGUGACAAAGGAGAUACCGGCGCUGUCGGAGAAAAGGGAGAUGAUGGUCAGGAUUUGGAUGGUAUUCCAGGUGAAGCCAGCCAAGUGAAGGGUAGUGUGGGAGAGAAGGGAGUCCGCGGUGACGAUGGUAACAAUCCCUUCGUUGACAUCAGUCCUGAAGAGGGUGAAGAUGAACUUUGGGAUGAGCUUGUUGCUUUCUUCGAUGAAAACCAAGACUUACUUCUGCCUGACGACAUCGGACUACCUGGAGAUCAAGGAAUUGAAGGACCCGAAGGAGCCGAGGGUGAUCUCGGUGAGAUGGGAUCCGAUGGAGCCCCUGGUGCUGAUGGAGAAAUUGGUGGUCCCGGUAUUCCCGGAGUUUCUGGAGAUAAGGGAGAAGCUGGAAAUGACGGUGACGUCGGAGACAAUGGAGAACCCGGAGAACAAGGACCUAACGGUACUGUUGGAGAACCCGGUGAAGAUGGUGAUGACGGUGAUGACGGUGAUGAAGGAGAUGAAGGACCUGAGGGAGACCAAGGAGAGGGAGCAGCUGAAGGAGAGGAAGGAGACGAAGGAGACUGUGGCUGUGAAAAACGACCUACUGUCUGCAAGUCUUGUGACGUUCACGUUGUGACCAGACAUUCCCAGACUACUGAGGUACCUGAGUGCCCAGAAGGUUUCAAGUCUCUGUGGACUGGAUACUCUCUUGUUAUGUUGGAAGGUAACGGAUACAGUCUUGCUCAAGAGCUCGGAAGUGCCGGCUCUUGCCUCGAAGUAUUCCAGACCGUACCAAUGAUGCAGUGUUCGGGUGGACAAGUAUGUAAUCACGGAGUAAGAACCGACAAAGCUUUCUACCUGGCUAACGAACAAAACCCAGACUUCACCAUCAAACCAGAGUCCAACUUAGACGAUCUUAUCGGAUACGUGUCUCGCUGCAGUGUAUGCGGGGGCAGCUCUAAGAUUCUUGCUCGUCAUUCCUUCACUUCUGAUGUACCAGAGUGCCCUGAAGGAUUCCACGAGAUCUGGGAGGGAUUCUCAUAUCUUAUGGUUACCUCCUCCGGAGCCUCAGGUGGUGGACAGACCCUUGCCAGUGCCGGUUCUUGUCUAGAAGAAUUCUACGUACCUACCUUCGUGGAGUGUCUCGGACGAGGAACUUGCGGAUUCUACAUCAACAACAUCGACUACUGGCUAGCCCAGAACCCCGAUCUGACCCAACCGGGCAUGUGGGGUAUGGGUAACGUGUACAGUGGUAUCAAUGAAAUCUUAGACAUGGGUGUAGCCAGGUGUGCUGUGUGCGCUAAAGACGUUCGCAUGAAACACAUCAACUAUUUCCAAGAUUAACCACACCGGACCGAUUAUUUGCAAUUGUAUAGUUUCCCUUAGCUGGGCUGUAUUUGUGAAGAAGUGUUAGAAUUAACGAAAAAAGAACUCCAUGCAAUUUAGGGUAAUUUAAAGUAGAAUGUUAUUCAUUUAUAUUUAUGAUUUUAAUCUCUUACUUAUGACCGAUGUUUUGAUGUCGCGAGUAUUAUUUACUUACUAUUAUUUGACCUGACUCAUCUCCGACGUGGGAAACGCUUAUUUUUGAAGACUUUUUCUCUGAAAUAGGAUAUUACUUAAUUUUUAUUGUAAAUAAUAUAAAUGACUCAAAUACCAGGCAUUUCAGACGAUUAAA